GCCUCCCCGUGGAUUCCUUGGCCUGCUCCGCGCGAGAAGGAAGGACCGCGAGAGGAGUCUUGGAGCAGGAGGUGACCCCUGGAAGGGAACAAGGAGAAGGACGAGGUGGACGAUCCCUCUUCUCGUUUGGUAGUAGUCGAGCUUUUUCUUUCACGGAAGUGCGCGUCGGCCGCCCGAGUGCCCGAAGUGAGUACGGCCACGACGAGGAGGAGUUCGCGAUCGUUCCGUUGCGCGCGAGGACAAUCGACGGGGCGCUUCUCCAGGAGGGCCCUCCCGGGGCACGACGGAGUGCCCGUCGGGCUCAGCUGAUCCACGCGCAGCGGGAGGAGGACGAGGAGGAGGAGGAGGAGGAGGAGGAGGCGACCGGCGGCGGGGGAGGAGAAGAAGGAGUAGGAGGAGGAGAAGGAGGAAGAGGUAGUGUGGUGGAGGACGCUACCAGGAGCGCCGCGGGGCGAGGAAGGGCCCCGGCCGAACUCAGCAGCAGCACCGCCGACGAUCGAGCAGCAGCAGCAGCACCACCACCAUCACCACUGAUAAAUAUGUCGUCCCCCAGUGCCGGCAAGCGACGCAUGGACACGGACGUUAUCAAACUAAUAGAAAGCAAACAUGAGGUGACGAUUCUAGGAGGACUAAAUGAAUUCUCCGUCAAGUUCUACGGUCCACGAGGGACGCCGUACGAGGGUGGAAUAUGGAAGGUGAGGGUUCACCUGCCGGAGCACUACCCUUUCAAAUCACCUUCGAUCGGUUUCAUGAACAAGGUCUACCAUCCCAACAUUGAUGAAGUCUCGGGCACGGUGUGUCUGGACGUUAUAAACCAGGCUUGGACUGCCCUUUACGACUUGUCAAAUAUUUUCGAGUCUUUCCUGCCUCAGUUGUUAACAUAUCCCAACCCAAUCGACCCCUUGAAUGGCGACGCUGCCGCGAUGUAUCUUCACAAACCCGAAGAGUACAAGAAAAAGGUAGCGGAUUACGUGAGGAAGUACGCGACGGAGGAGGCGCUGAGGGACCAGGAGAACGGCGGCACCGGCAACGGGAUGUCCUCCGACAGCGAGUCGUCGAUGAGCGACUUCAGUGAGGACGAGGCGCAGGACAUGGAGUUGUAACCAAAUAUAUUACCCACACACACACACGUACACAUACAUACACACACAAACACACACACAUCCGCGCGUACCCAUAUCCUUAAUCAUCUCGAUUCCCUGUAAGAUCCCCGAUCGCUCGUCCUACUACCAAAUAGAUGCUUACACCCGAGACUCCGAGCCUCACUUUUGGUGCGGUGACGAGAUCCCCUUUACCCAUUCGUCGCUACUCUCGUCGCUCGUCGCUCGUAUACAUAUACCGUGGGGUUGGUUGCUGAUCGACCAUCCCCGGCACGGCGAGAGUGAAAGUGACGGAAACGAACGAGGUUAAAAAAAAAACGGAGAAUCGCGCUCUUCUUAAACCGAGCGCAUCCCGAGGGGCGUUUUCUAUCACGACGGCGAUGUCUCUCACGUUCGUCCAAGCUCUUGCUUGAAUUAAUUCGUUAAUUAGUCGUUGCGUUUAAUUGCCACGAUCACGACGACGACGAUAACGAUAUUAUCACGUGGUUGUCGACGUACGGCGUGUUGGCGCGAACGUAAAUCGUAAUCUCUGUAGAAAAUAUUUCGAGAGUCGAAGCUCUACAUCUUUUCAGGGCGAAGAAGAGAAAAACGAAGGGUGUGAAACGGAGGAGGGACAGAGAGAAAGAGAGAGAGAGAGAGAGAGAGAGAGAGAGAGAGAGAGAGAGAGAGAGAGAGAGAGAGAGAGAAGGGGGGAUUAUCAUCGGUAUUUAUCGGGUUAUACGCAACGUCGAUAUUCGAAAUUACAAUCUUUCGCAACGCUGGCAUCGAUUGGACGGUGCCUUUGUUGCAUCCAUCUAUGAUUAAACAGCGAUCGCUGUCUCGAGACAGUAACGUAUCAUGCGACAGAUAAAGAGAGAGCUACACCUGACAUAUUUGCCCGGUUACGUUUUCCUCGGUUUUUGAGAUUCUCUCGCCCUUGUUCGUUCUUUCUUCCGUGCGCCUGCGGGCGUGUUCGUCGUUGUGAUAUUCAAAAAACAUAAUGAUCGAAAGAUCGAAGCAGCAGCGGAGAGAUGUGUCAUGAUAAAAAAAGGAAACGAGCAAAUCUGGCAUAUAGUGAUCGCAUUGUCUCCGCAACUAACGACUCCUUUACUGAUCUUAGACUGUGUUAGCAUCUAUUUAGAAAAUUAUUUUUACACUCAAAAUCGCUAAUUGUAAUCGUCAUUCAUUUUUUUCAUUCUUUGAAUUUGUAAAGAAUAUUGCCUAGUUAGGAAGGGAAAAGCAAACGGGCUUGUCUUCAACAAUUUUUUUUUUCUUUUUCUUGCAGUCGAUCGAUCAUAAAACCGGUGCGCAUGUCACGCGUCAGUUUCAGGUUUCUUUUGUUUUUAAACAACAGUGAGACACGCAAAAAUGUGAUGGAGUAUGGGUACUAGCACCGUCUUCCUUUUUCCUGCCAUCACCAUUCCCAAACGUUUUCCCCCCCUGCCCCGUAGGGCUGCGCAUCAGCGACCGAUCACCACAUCGUCGUCGUCGGCGGCGGGAAAAAGAUCGAAUCUGCCACGCAAACGGCCGCACGCGAACGACGCCGGGACGACGCAGCCGCUGUCCAAGAUUGCGCGAUUACGGAACUAUCCCGGGAGAAUGAAUGCGAAUGAGGCUCUUAAUAUGUUUCAAGCAACCUCGGCGACCUGUCUCGAACGGUGCGCAUCGGACGGGCAAAACAUGGAAGAGACACGAGCAAACGAAGCUACAGGACUAUCAUCACCGUGUGUCCAUCCCAUGGAAGUGAAUGUAGAUUUAGUUGAUCCCGGUGGGUACGGAUCGGACGCGAUUUAACAUUCGCUCGCGGAAAAUUUUAAGUCAAUUUGUACUAUUUUAAUCUCAUUGUUAUUCGACUCAUUAUAGAUUUCAUUAUAUAGAUUAUUGUUAUUAAGAGGAGGACGUUUAUUAAAUUGAAUUGGUUUGUUACAAUGUUUGAGAGAUGCUUUGCUUUUCUAGAAGUGAAAACUGGAAAUACCCUUGCGUUAAAAAAAGAACAACUACCAUCCACUUAAUUCAUCAUUACUUCCAUCCUCUCUAAUGCAGUUUUAAGUUUAUUUCGAAUACUAGAAACUAAAAAAGAAAUUGAAAUCAAAGGACUCAGGGAAUUUCCGUUUUUCCGAGAAACAAAAUAUUGUGGUUGUAUCAUCGCUGAAGUAAGCAAAUCAUGAAUUCAAGUACACACUAGAUAGAAGGAAAAGCGCGAGGAAAAGGGACUAAAUUUUUUUUAUGAUUGACAAUAUAUAUAAUAUAUCAGCGAGUUUAAAUUUUCAAAAAGAACCAAGUAGAGUAAAUAAUUAUUUGGCAAUUUGUAGGAAAACUGUAAGUUUAUAAAAUGUAAAACUGUACAAACAUUUGGUGCACAAUAAUCUUCGAUCAAUAGUAUCUCGUUUCAAAUUGAUCUCCCUCCUUUGCAUGAUUUACAUGUAUGCAAUGCGAUUUAUAGGUAUACAUAAGUAUAAACGUUAUAUUUCAGUGCCUUUUCAGGCAGAAAAGCGUGCCUUAUUAUAUGGGUCUCCCGUAAAGUUAUUGAAAUAUAUGAGUGAAUACGACGAGCAUUUAGCGUUAACGGAUCUUUGAACGAAAUUAGUUGUGCUUAAAGCAUUGCAAAAUAAUUGCCGAAUAAUGUGUUUUUAAAAGAUAGAGAAAAACGUCGAAUGCAAUUGCUAGGCUUCAAUAAUUUUUCGGUAAUGGAAAAAUACAAUAAGACAGAGCUGUAAGAAAGCGUGAAAAAUAUUUCACCGUUAAAUUGUCCAUCUCUCUUCAAAAUUUUUAGCAGAUACAAUGCUUUACUGAAUUGAUAUAGCAAUAUCGUGAUGUUGAUGUAACUACGUUACGUGACCGUAUCGGUCAUAAAUGCAGUAAUCAAAUUCAGAAUGUACAUAGCAAAACGAAAGUUACGAUUUUUUUUAGCCGUACAUUUAUACAAUUUCGUUGCGUGUUGCACGUUUCUUGUGUAGUUUUUAUUUACUUCAUCUGCCGAUAAAGCUUAUCCAGGUUUUUAACGUAUUAUGCAAUGUCUGCGCUCACUUUUUUUUUAAAGACUGCAACUGUUUUAUGCAACGAGAAAUGAUAUAUAAUUUAUACGUAGGGAUAUUCACGCUUUACGUUAUUACGUUAUUAUUUAAGACGAACUUUCGUGGACACGGCCUGUUUCCUAGCGAAUUCAUUCCGUUGGCGACGUGUACCGCAAUGUAUUUACCGUUUCGAGAAUUGCUAUUAAAACUAAGUGAAAUCAGUACGGUUUUUGUGUAGUUUAUCAGAAACAGUGCCGUCUUUUUUAUGUUCUUCUCUUAGUUUGUGCAAUCAUGUAAAGCGACACGUUUCAAGAUUCGUCGGUUGUUUCUCCAUCAUACCUUUCAUAAUAUUCUCGUCUAUUGGCUUCACUAUUGUUAUAAUAUCUUCGUGCUUUUCGAGACUCGGUGUGCAAUCAACAAAGCUAUGAUAUAUGCGUCACUUGGAUGUAUGUCAAGACGAAUGUACAGUCUAUUCAGAGUGAAUACUUAGAAUUAUCUCAGCUGUACUUACUUAGAAAAAGAAAAGGAAAAUUAUCCGCUGCUCUUUUAUUCGCAUUGUAUCUCUCACGCAGGAAACGCGUCUUUUCUAUUUUAUUUUUGUAAGUUAGCACAGUACGUAGCUUUAACGCGUCUAAUGUCUCGUCGGCACUGUACUUUUAGACUUCGUUCAUUCAGAACCAAAAAAAAAAGAUUAUUAGAUAGAAUGUGCGUUUCCCACAGAAUCGUGUCAAUUGAGUUUGAAGUCGUGCUCUCAGAUCUCACAUCGUUGCUAAUUAUAUAUGUAACAUAUAGAAUUAUUGACUAGUUAUACGCAUAAAAAUAUAUAUAUUAUCGAUAUUACAUAUUCGCAUAACUUUAUAUUAGCUAUUAUGUAUAUUGGUCUUACUAACGAAUUGUUUAAUUGAGCGAAAAAAAUAGUUUUAAUAAUCAUUUUUUAUAUUUUUUUUGCAAGUGUUGUUUGUUCCUCCUAUCAACUGAUAGCGUAACGCGUCUCCAUUUCGACCAUUGGCAUUGUUCGGGGUGUUUACUAUUGGGAAAACCUGAAAUUUUUAGGAAAAUAAUUUUUGAAAAAUCCUUGAAAAUCAUGGAUUUUAUUUUCAUCAAAUUUUAUUGAUACUCAGGAGAACUUUUGGAAAACUAAUUUUUUAAUUUAAAUUUUAUUAUGUCUCUCUGAUAAAUUUGUUUCUUUGAUCAAUUUUUUCUUGAUAAUUCAAAAUAUGGACAUUUGAGCAAUAAAUAUGGCAACACAUCCACAUACAUUCUUGUUUGAUUCGUGAGUUUUUAUAAAAAAAUCAGCGCCAAAAAGAUCAAUAUAUCCAUUUAAAUUAGUGUUAUUUGUUAUCUUUUGAUUCUGUACUUUUGGUGAGUUACAUGUUAUAUUUAGUUUAUAUUAUUUCUUUUUAGUUUUCAAAUUUAAAAGAGAGAUGUCUCGUAUCAUAAAAAUUAAGAGAAAGAGAGAAGGCAACUUUUAUUUUGGAUUGUGUGAUUAAGGAGCAUUAAAAGAUAUAAUAAAAAUUAAUUUAUUUAAAAGUUGUAAAACUAUUUUUUUAUUUAUAGUUUUUAAUACAAUUCUUGAAAAAUCCAAGAAUUUUCAAGGAAUUUUUUUACAAAAUUUAAGUAAACAUCCUGUUGUUUUUACAGUAUUUCCCUAUUCGCGCGUACUUGCGCCCGCUCAUUAUUACGACGAAGAUGAAAAAUUUUCCGCAGUAUAUGUAAAUUGAUAUUGGACGAUAUCGAAUUAAUGCUUAGAUUAAUGUUAACUAAUAUUUCGUUUUAUAAUGCGAAAAAUCCAUUGCCUCUAUUGUGUUCAAACCUUUUUGUAACAUUGAAUGACGUCUAAAGGCAUAUUUUUAUACAUGUAUUGCAAUGAUAUAAUAUAGCGAUAGUUGCAUGUUCUUUAUCCUAUGUCGGAUUUCAUGUCGCCAUUUAAUUUUCCCCCUCUGUGAUCAUAAAUAAUGGAUAAUCAAUUAUUUUUAUAAUCGUGAGCGACCUGACAGAACGAUUAGAGUCUCGCGCAUAAGACGCAUUGCUUAUGUCGUUCCUUUUAAUUUCUUAAGAUACCGUCGAAUGUUUUCCGAUUAAUCGUACAUUUAAAGGAUGCAAAGGAGUCGUUACGUAUAACACGAGAGAGAAACAUAAUAUAAUUUACGUAAGUGAUAAUAAAUUAUAAGCCCGAGAGAAUUGAAACGAGAGAAUUUGAAACUACGAUUAUUGUGAUCGAUUGGUUUCUUUUUUUUUUGUAUAUUCUGUGUUCUUAGUAUGUCCCAUCAUAAAUCUUUUUCGCGAGGAUGUAAGUAUUACGGAUGACAAUUCCGACGUAGAGAGAAGUAAUUCGGCGACGGGCGUCGCCACGUGUUUCUGCCAAAGUUAUGUCAACAAUAUGUGAUCAAAGGGCGAGAGAUUCGUUUUGCCCGAAUUUAGUUUGAUCAAACGACACGUAUAUUUACACACGUACAUUUACACUUACCUACACCCUCAGACACACAGCGUGAAAUAUUAGUUUUCGCGAUAUACAGCGUAUAUGAUCUACGAUUUUUGCGAGAAUCAUAUUUGGAGUUUUAACUUCUAACGUACAAAAAGAAAGGAAAAAAAAGAAGAAGAAAAGAUGAAGGAGAAAAAGCAGACACUCGGAUGUCGGAGCCAGAAUAGUCAGGUAGCAAUUUUGUAGCAUUGUACGAGGAAACUUAAUUCUGUCGUGUAGCGUUCUUGGAACGUCGAAAUAGGGAGAUAGAAGUUGGUAGAGCGGUCGUUUAUCAAAGAGAUUCUUUAAACGCGCUUAAAUAGCAGGCACCUCGUUCAGAAUUCCAACGCGUGACGCGAAUGAAGAAGAUAAUGAACGGCCUGCUACUCCUGUUCCGCCGGCGGAGCACGUAUCCUGAUUUGACAUCUUGUUUUUCUCGCGCGAGAUAAACGCUGAAUUAGAUAAUCGAGAGAGAGAAAGAGAGAGGGAAACGUACUCUCCACCUUCAGAUAUUUUCAUCGGGACAGGGAGACAGCAAUAUUUUUGCUACUCGUUCGUAAUUAUAUAUCAUCGAUGUUAGCGAGCGUGCCGGACGUCGGCACGAGCGUCAGACGCGUUUGCAAUAAAUGAUCGAUCACAAAGUUGUAAUAAGGAUGAAAUGCAGUCGUUAUAUCGAACACGAUUGUACGAUCGAAACGCCCGACAACGACGAUGCGCUUGUUGCGGAAAAAGAAUUGGUUGUUCACAUUGCUGUAGGCAAGAAUGUAGAAUCUUUGAUCCUGUAAUGUUACUUGUAUUUUACUGAAUAAUCACGUUGCCACUACACUCUGGAUGAAAAUUCAAUCACAUAAUUGAAAUUUAAAAAAAUCUACUUUAUAGAUCGUGGGUUAUUGGAAUAAUUGAACUAACACUUACAUUUUAGUGUGUAGGGAAAAUUUUAUUAAUAUUAUUUAAAAUUAUCAAAAUUUUAAUAGUAAAAAUUGUACUACAUUUGAAUUAGUACCGGAAAAGUGAAAAUUACUUAAAAUAGCAAUCUAGAAUUUGGUUUUUAAAUUUCAACAAAAGUAUUUCAAUAUUAUGAUAGUCGUACAUAUAGCACAUGUAAUUGUUUUAAUAAUAACAGUAUUUUUAAUUUUUUAUUUAAAGAUAUUGUUAUUGUUUCCUAUUCGAGAUUUUUUCCUUAACUUAAAUUGAAAGUUAUUAUUAAACAGAUAAAUAAACAUAUUUUUCUUGAUAAAAUUAUACAAAGUUUCUUCAUGUAAGGAAAUUGUAUGUGCGCCUAAAAUUAUCAAAUCUUUUAAAGAUUUUACACUUCUGCUUAUAUGAAACAAUGUUGAUUCGGUGCCAAUUCUUUUUCCGUGUUUCGAUAUAGUUUGGCAAAUUCACUUCACCAUUCGAUCACGCGAUCAACGAUCCAUUUCUCGCUACCUUAUCCAGCCGAAAAUCGGACGACAGGCCCACUUUAAUCUCCCAAACUUAGAUCCAGCGAUAAGAAUGACCUAGCCGUAUGCUAUAUUUGCAAAUUAGUGAACGCCGACAUUGUCACGGAACGAUAGUAAUCAAACGCAACGCGACAAGCGCGAUAAAGCGUACUGUGUAUUCACCGAUCUGCCAAUUUAAAUGCCGUUCCACAAUCGUUGUUAUUCCGCGGCAAAGCCGGGGAUGUAAUUAACGAAACUAAAGAAUUAUUAAUCUCGCGUGGUGUUUUGUUACUCUUUGGACAAUGUCGGCGCUCGCGGCGCAAUUUACAGACUUUCGCGUGUGUUAUUACUGCUUUACAUUUACUCAUCGAUUGUGCGAGAAAGAACGUACCUAAACCAUUUCCACGUAGAUAAGCGAGGCCAUUUUCUACCGCGCGUCCGAGAAAAAUUAUAAAGUAAUCAUUCCGGUGAGUUUUGCGCUACUUACGCCAAGUGAGAGAAUCUGAUUGCUCUGUCGCGAAGAAGCAGAAAAUUGUAAACGCGAGAAAAAACAAAAAAUGAAAUGCCAUAUGUAAUUAAGUGCAAUUUGUGACGCGAGAGAGGAUAUAUAUGUUUAUAUAUAUAUAUAUUCUCCUGAACGAAAAAGUUUAUGCUCGCUUAUGCAUCUGGAAAUGAGAUAAGGAUUUAAUAUUUCAAUUAUAUGACGAUACAGUGGCUGAAAGAGAGAGAGAGAGAGAGAGAGAAUGAGAGAGAGCAUAAUGCUGAAAAUAAGAGACGUUUUCUUGGCGGCCUGCACGCAUACGUUUUUUUAAUUAGUCAAGUCAAAAUUGGAAAGCAGACAAUAAAUUCUCAUAAAAAUUACUAAUUAUGCGUGAAUAUGAGAAAAAUACUGAGAAACGAUUACAUUGACGACUAAUACGAAAAUGGAAUUUAUUUAUAUCGCUAAAAAGCAAAAUUAUUAUAAUUUAAUAAAGGCGUUCCGUAAACGUCUAUUUGAGCCUGAUAUUUUGAGCUAGAUAUUACGAUUAUCGUGAUGAUUGCUUCGAAAUAGCAAACCAUGAAAAAGACAUCUUGGUGCGUGCCGCGAAGAAAUUAGGAAGAUUGAAGGACUCGGGCAGCGUGCUCGCGAUCCUUCAGUCGAUUGCUUUUACGCAGUGAGACAGAUUCUUUCGAUAAUAGAUUUCGAUAUCGCUGGUAGACCCUUUUCAAACGUAACACAUGUAGCGAUGUAUAAAAUGCUAAGGAGUUGUACUAACUCUCUCGUGGACAGCGAUCGUCAUUAACUCUGCAGUAACGUUACGUUUUCUCCAGUGGUUCCUAGUCACUGCCAUACUUGUUUGACGACGAUAUCGUGAAGAGCGUGACCGGAGAGCUGCUAAAGGAAAUUUUUACCGAACAAAUACAUUGAAAAAAAAAAAAAACCUCGUAAUGUGUUCGAGUUAUAUUAACUGCUAAAAGCUCUCGAAAAAAAAGAAAAAAAAAUUGGCACAAAGACUGCUGUACUGCAGGGUUACGGGGAAUCGACGAGAUAUCCGUUAAUUAACACUGGCAAAGUAAAGCUUUAUAAACUAACGUAGUGAUGAGGAUAAUGUGACGACGAUAAAGCUCGGAACACUCGUUCGGAGGAUUUGUUCGGGAACCGUUUCUACGUUCCAUGUACAAUCGUGAAGAUCGAAUUAUUGGUGUCUGUAGAGGUACAUAUAUUUUCUUACGGUAUAUGGUAAUUAGCUGCGCUGCUUCGGCUCGUGAAGGACCCGUUAUCCUUGAAUUGGUCAAUGAUAAAAUGAAGAAAAAAACGAGCGGGACUUUUAAAAUGGGCGUGUUAACGUGUUAAAUAUCGUGUUAAAUAAUGUACAAUAAAACUGUUUGACCGGGGCAAAUUUUCGCGGUACUUAAAACGUCUCACAUUGUAUUGUCAAAAGCUUUGCGAAAUGAGACUUGUAUUUGCAUUUGUGACACGAGUUGAAACAAUUCAAAUAGAAUGCACAAUGUAUUUCUUUAUUAAAAUUUAGAAUAUGCAGAACAGAUUUAAAGUUAAAAUAUUUAGAUGAAAUAUGAUUCGAAAAUAUGAUAUGAGUUUACGUGAGAUGUUUUAAAUGUUAAUUUCAUUCUUUAUAGUAUUCUCUCUUGAUAUGAAAAGAAAUAUUUAUAAUUAAUGGUAAAUUGAGAUAUUAUUAUUUUUGGAAGGGAAGCUUGAUAUAAAUAAUAGCAAGUGAAGAAUUUGCGUGAUUUCAUUGCAUCGCGAUUAUAUCGUGCAACAACUUUGAGCAGCUUAGGUCUAACUUUACCGAAGAAUAGAAGUGAUACAUUUUUGGACUUACGCUAUGCAGUUAUUCAAAAAAAUAAUUCUAAAGAUGAAUUUAAGGGAACGGGCGCCUCACUACAGCUAGAUGUAAAGUUUCCUUAGGUACCUAUUGUUUCAAUGUAUGAAUCGUCUAUGUAAGAUGCUGGUACUGUUAGCAGAAAGAAGAAAAAAGCUAUGUUAACGAAAGGAGUAUGCCGAGAGAAAAGAAUAAUCUGGCCUUUCCGAAAGAAAAAAAAAAAAAAAAGAACAGACAAUGGAGCUGAGAUAUAAAUAAUUCGACGAUCUGGCGUGUCUCUUACUCGACAGAUUUCCCGAAUCUGACCAAUCACACAGAACGUCUUUCUAGUUAGCACGUGACGACGAUGAUUACGAACUUGCUGAAUCCACGUUUUCAUGGUUCAUGAACACAAUAAAACAAUGACAAACAAUGAACAUUACGCUAUUACAAAUAUUUAUUAUAAAUAAGAUAUAACAAAUAUAAAUAUAAAUAUAAAUAAAUAUAUAUAUAUAUUAUAUUGAAUUAAUGAUGAUUGAACAAGAUGCAAUUUUUUGGUACAAUAAAAUGAAAAGAACCAA